UGAUCACCAUUUUACGUGUUCUAAUUCAUAGGAAAUUCAAGUUUGAGAAGAGCAAUUUCAUUUCUCCUACAGAGACCAAAAACCUUAAGCCAAGCGGGAGAUGUCAUGCGCAAAUGCGCGGCGAAUAGUAAACAUCGGUUGGAAUUUCAGACAAGAACCUUACUACAAUUACCUUGCGCUUCUUGACGCCUGGACAGAAUCCAAGUCAUUAUCAAUAGGCAAAUCAAUCCAUCAACACAUCCUAAAACACAAUCACUGUAAUGACAACAAUUCAAAUCUACUAGACAAGUUAACUCGUUUUUAUAUCUCCUGCAGUAGAAUCGAUCUUGCACGCCAUGUGUUCGACGAAAUUCCUAAUACGGAUAGAAAUAAUAAAACCAUAUUAUGGAACCAAAUGAUUAGAGCCUAUGCUUGGAAUGGACCCUUUGAGAAAGCUGUUGACUUGUACUAUGAAAUGGUCGAGUCUGGUGUUAGACCCACAAAUUAUACAUACCCUUUUGUGAUCAAGGCUUGUUCUGCUAUGCAAGAUGUAGAAAAUGGUGUAAAGAUUCAUGAACAUGUAAAAAGGCAUGGGCUUGAUGGUGAUGUUUAUAUUUGUACAGCUUUGGUUGAUUUUUAUGCCAAGUGUGGGUUAUUGGUUGAGGCACGACAAGUGUUCGAUGGAAUGUGGAAAAGAGAUAUUGUGGCAUGGAAUGCGAUGAUCUCAGGGUGCUCAGUGAAUGGUUUGUGUUUGGAGCUGAUGGGUUUGGUUUUCGAAAUGCAAGAGAAUGGGUUAACUCCAAAUUCAUCUACAAUUGUGGCUAUUCUUCCUGCUAUUGCGGAAGCUAAUAAGUUGCGUGAAGGGAAGGCUGUUCAUGGGUAUUCUACAAGAAGGGGCUUUGUCAAUGAUGUAGUUGUUGACACUGGCAUUUUGGAUGUGUAUGCAAAAUGCGGGUUGUUGAACUAUGCGAAGAGGAUUUUUAGAGUCAUGACUUUUAAGAAUGAGAUCACGUGGAGUGCAAUGAUAGGAGCAUAUAUAACAUGUGAUUCUACGCAAGAAGGAUUGGAACUGUUUGGCCACAUGAGGGUGGAAGAUACUGGGUCUCCUUCUCCUGUCAUGCUUGCCACUGUCAUUCGAGCUUGUGCUAAGCUGAAUGACCUGAGAAGAGGAAGAAAGAUGCAUGGUUAUACUGUUAAGUCGGGGUCCAAUUUGGAUUUGAUGGUGAGUAAUACUCUUCUUUCUAUGUAUGCAAAGUGCGGGAGAAUAGAUGAUGCGCUUAACUUCUUUGAGGAGAUGGGUUUAAAAGAUUCUGUUUCUUUCAGUGCUAUAAUUGCAGGGUGUGUUCAGAAUGGCCAUGCAGAAGAAGCUUUGCAGAUUUUCCAAAUGAUGCAAUCGUCUGGGGUCCAGCCAGAAUCUGCAACAGUGAUGGGAAUUUUACCAGCUUGUUCACAUUUGGCUGCUCUACAACUUGGAGUUUGCACCCAUGGUUACUCGAUAGUACGUGGAUUUACAGAGGAUGUUUCUAUUUGUAAUGCCCUAAUUGACAUGUACUCCAAAUGUGGUAAAGUCAACAUUGCUAGGAUUAUCUUUGAUAAGAUGAAUAAAAGGGAUGUUGUCUCAUGGAAUGCAAUGAUUGCUGGAUAUGGAGUUCACGGUCAUGGAAAGGAAGCAAUUUCAUUGUUCUAUGACAUGCAGACUGUAGCUCAAAAGCCAGAUGAGAUAACUUUCAUCGGUCUCUUAUUUGCUUGCAGCCAUUCUGGUCUUGUUGCUGAAGGGAAAUAUUGGUUCUUCAGCAUGUGUCAAGAAUUCAAAAUUAGCCCUAGGAUGGAUCAUUACUUGUGCAUGGUGGAUCUUUUGGGCCGUGCUGGUCUCCUAGAUGAGGCCUACGGUUUUAUCCAGAAUAUGCCUUUUAAACCUGAUGUGCGUAUUUGGAGUGCUUUGCUUGCUGCUUGUAGAAUCCAUAAACAUAUUGUACUAGCAGAAGAAGUAUCUAACAAGAUCCAAUAUCUAGGACCUGAAAGUCCAGGUAAUUUUGUUCUUUUAUCCAACCUGUAUACUACUGCUGGGAGAUGGGAUGACGCUGCUCAUAUUAGAAUUAAGCAGAAGGAUUCUGGCUUUAAGAAGAGCCCAGGAUGUAGUUGGAUUGAAAUAAAUGGGGUUGUCCAUGCAUUUGCUGGCGGGGAUCAAUCCCACCCUCAGUCCACUAAAAUAAAUGAGAAAUUGAAGGAGAUUUCAACGGAGAUGAAAAAAUUGGGGUACAGUGCAGAAUCCAGUUUUGUCUACCAAGAUGUUGAGGAAGAAGAGAAGGAACAGAUUCUGCUGUAUCACAGCGAGAAGCUUGCAGUUGCAUUUGCAUUGCUAAAUCUGGAACCUAGCAAGUCCAUACUCGUUACAAAGAAUUUGCGAGUUUGUGUUGACUGCCAUAGUACGCUGAAAUACGUAACUUUAAUUACGAAAAGGGAGAUUACAGUGAGGGAUGCAAGUCGAUUUCAUCAUUUCAGAGAUGGAAUAUGCAGCUGCGGGGAUUUCUGGUGAAGAAUGAUUGAGACUAUUUUUGUUGCUUGAUUUAGAAAUGAUUCAGUUUUCUUCUACACCUACUAAUGCAACAUUGGCUAACUAAACUAGAUUGGUGCAGGGUACUCACAGUUGAUAUCUUGGCUGUUGUUCUGUUAGACCAAUUCCUGAGUACAUUACUUGGUAGAUUUGACAGUAAACCAUUUCUUAGAUGAUAAGUGCAGAUAAACUUUUGCAUUGCAUUAAGAUGAUGAGUGAUGAAGAUUCAAGGGAUGCAGCGUGUGCCUGCUAUGUGCUGAGAAUACAACAUUGCUCAGUUGCUUGUAAAGAGUCUCAUCGAUCCAGAAAGUGUAAUCAGGGGUAUAAAUUCUGUAUUUUGACUGGAAGAUUAACUUGGUGCUGCAUCGCACGCUGAUCAUAUACCAGAUUGGAGUACUUCAUUUUGUGCACUCUGGUCCCACUAAUUCAAGUACGUCAAGUUUUAUCUUAAUGUUGGAAUACUUGGAAAUCUGAUAUUUACUGUCAAUCAGUAACAUACUGGAGCUUCAUAGAACCUACACCAUGGUUGGCACAUGCAUCAGUGGUUAAAGGUUUUGAUUCCAUGACCAAUCCAUCCAGGUAAAUCGUGGGCGAAUGCUGGAUUUCUGCCAUUAUGCGGACAACUACUUCAAGCUGUGAUUUUGAGAGAGUAGUUCUGUCCUUAUAUGCUUCUUCAUACUAGGAUCUACUCAAAUUAACUGUAAGGAAGCAUUUGAUUGGAGGUAGUUGUGACUACUCCUGCAGUUGGUCAUAUUACCUUAGAGAGCUUGCACCACCCUAAAUAUCUAUCUCGCUAGAAGCAAUUGCUUGAAAUUGAUAUAAUCACUACUACCAACUGCAAGAAUUCAUUAUGUACUCCCAAGACAAUAAGUCGAGAAGGGGAGAGAAUGUUUUUAAGCCAUUCUCAAAGUUGUACUCCUUGUAGGAAAUUCGUAGUUAGUAAUUUAAGCGAAGCUGGAUUUAUGAUUA